CUUACCCCCGCCCCGCCCCGCCCCGCGCCGCCGCCGGCCCGGCCGCUGUCAGCUCUCCUCAGCGUCGGGCCGAGGCGCUGUGUAUGCUGAGCUGCUGCGGCCGCAGGCUGCUGCACGUCCUGGGCCUUAGCUUCCCGCUGCUGACCCGCCGGCCGCUUUUUCUCUGCCCUCACCGCCUCAUGAAACCGCUGGUCGUGUUCGUCCUCGGCGGUCCUGGCGCCGGCAAGGGGACCCAGUGCGCCCGCAUCGUCGAGAAAUAUGGUUAUACACACCUUUCUGCAGGAGAACUUCUUCGUGAUGAAAGGAAGAACCCAGAUUCACAGUAUGGUGAACUCAUUGAAAAGUACAUUAAAGAUGGAAAGAUUGUGCCAGUUGAGAUAACCAUCAGUUUGUUAAAGAGGGAAAUGGAUCACACAAUGGCUGCCAAUGCUCAGAAGAAUAAAUUCUUGAUUGAUGGGUUUCCAAGAAAUCAGGACAACCUUCAAGGUUGGAACAAGACCAUGGAUGGGAAGGCAGAUGUGUCUUUCGUUCUGUUUUUUGACUGUAAUAAUGAGAUCUGUAUUGAACGAUGCCUUGAGAGGGGAAAGAGUAGUGGUAGAAGUGAUGACAACAGAGAGAGCUUGGAGAAGAGAAUUCAGACCUAUCUUCAGUCAACAAAGCCAAUUAUUGACUUAUACGAAGAAAUGGGGAAAGUCAAGAAGAUAGAUGCCUCUAAGUCUGUUGAUGAAGUUUUUGAUGAAGUUGUGAAGAUUUUUGACAAAGAAGGCUAACUCUAAACCUAAAGGCAUCCUUGAAAUCAUGCUUGAAUAUUGCUUUGAUAGCUGCUAUUACAACCCCUUUUUAAGGCAAUUUUAAUCUUUCGUAAUUACAUCUCAAUUAAUGGCUGGAAAGUAUAGAGUAAGACAAAUUAAAUUUUAUAUCUUAAAUUUUUUUGGUUAUAGGAGUAGACAGUGAAUUCGGGUCUAACUUCAUCUUAGCUAUGGUGCUCACAAAACAAAGAAGGAUAUCAGCGUAGUUCUUUGUUUUUACUCAGAAAGCAUAUCCCUUUUAUAGUUUGUGCCUUCUGUGAGCAAAACUUUUUAGUAUGUCUGUAUAUCCCUUUAAUAAUUACAACAUGUUAGGAUUAGGGAUUCCCCAUUUCCUUGUUUUCUUGCAAGUUUUAAAUUUCCAACCUGUUAAGUGAAUUUGUGGACCAAAUUCCAGAGGAACUUCUUGUAUAGUCAGUUCUUGCAAAAUGUGUUUGGUAAAUUCAUGAAAUGAAUUCCUGGAAGUGUUUUAGUAUAUAUCAAAUAACUGACCAUUUCCUAUAGAAAGGUAAGAAAAUAGGCUUUGUUUUAUUACAACUUAUACAAAGUUGUGUGACAGGGCAUCUUCUUUGCUUCCAGGGAUUGGGAUGGGGUCACUGGGGGUUCAGAGCCUGGCAGAUUUGUCAGCUUUAUUCUGACAUAAAUCUGAGGGUAGGGGGCAAGGAUCACAUCUAAUGACCUGUGUUCCUGUGCUCUAUUAUAGAGUGUUAUUAAUGAUUUAAAUUGAUCUUAACAAAAUUCCUAGCAGUGGAACCUUGAAAUGCAUGUACGAGGUUUAUGGUAAAUGAUUUGGUUAGCGUUUUGGUAACACUUCAUUCAAAGUGUUUUUGUUUGUUUUUUAGACUAAACGUAGGGUUGGUAUGUAGUAAAAACAUCUAAUGGUUAAUUUCCCAUUUGUGUUUUAUUUUCUUGAAUACUUUUUUUUAGUUAUUUGUUUAAGGAGAUUAAAAAUCAUUGCACUUUGGUCAGAAAAAUAAUAAAUAUAUCUUAUAAAUGUUUGAUUUCUUUCCUGGCUACUUUUAUUUAGUAUAUUGUUUUUUUGCAUCAUGUUGAAGCAUUGAAAGGUACAGAAUUAAAAAAAAAAAAAAAAAAAAAAAAAGGCUAUAGAGUCCAAAGGAAUUUUCCCUUAAAUCCAUUCUUCCUUUAAAAAAAAAUCUCUGAGAAAUUUGUUUUCUCCUUAUCUUUUUCUGCCAUUACUAAUGCAGAGUAAAUUCCAAGGUUCUUAAUGUGAGAUUUAUUAAAAUGUUUCUCACUUUUAGCAUUUAUGCUAUUUGGUGUACAAGGUUAAAUCAGGUAGGGAAUUUUGUCUUUGUGUAAUUAGGUUUUACGUUUAAAGUCAUUAGGAAUAGGAGCACCUGGCUGGCUAAGUGGUACAGCAUGUAGUUCUUGACUUCAUGGUUGUGAGUUUAAGCCACACAUUGAACUGGAGUUUACUUAAAAAAAGAAGAAGAAGAAGAAGAAGUAUAAAGUCAUCAGGAAUAGUGAGUGCAAUUUAUGGAUGUUCUUACAUUAUAAUAGGUUCAUUUAUUUCUGUGUGUUUUAUGAGACUCACUUAUUAAUGAUACAUUUUUCAACAGACUUAACCAUUAAGAAAUAAAGUAUCUGUAAGUACUGUAACAUAUUAGCCAUGAAAAUUUGUAUUGAGAUUAUCUUGGUUUCUUAGAAGAUAUUGUAAUGAAUUCUUAUCUAGUGAUUUAGUCCAACCAGUACAGAGGAACGUUACUGGUGGUUUAAUCAAACAACUGCAAUAUGAAGCAAGAGUAAAGACUAAGGUUUUUAAUUCCUACUCAAAUAAGUGAAAAAAAUCAUCCGAUGGGGAAAUCUAAAUAUUUAUAUCGAUACUGGGAAAGCAAAUUCAAGGUUUUUAAGAAGACUGCGGAGGCUAGGUGCUUUGCUUCCUUUUAUCAAACAUCCUUCUGUGGCAUUUGAGAACAGAAACCAAGAAACAAUAGUUACAAAGUUAUGAACCUUUGCUUAUUGUUUGCUUUUGAGUAGAAAAACAUGUUGGCAAUGUUGAGUUUAGGAUUUGACUGUGAUACAUCUGACUUCAUUAGUUUGGUCAUUCUGUUUGUUAAAGAUACGGUAACCAAGAAGUUUUUGACUUUCUUGAAGGACCCCAGUGGAAGCCUUGCUUUUUUUUUUUUUUUUAAUUAAUUAGUCUUAUUUCCAUUCAUUGAUGUUGGAUGUGUGUAUGACUUACUUGGUAAAUAAUCCCAAUAAAUUUUGUGCUAUGGCC